UGUAGUAUCUGUUCUUAUCCUGUCUCUUAUACACAUCUAGAUGUGUAUAAGAGACAGGUGUGUGUGUGUGUGUGAGAGAGAGAGAGAGAGAGAGAGAGAGAGAGAGAGAGAGAGAGAGAGAGAGAGAGAGAGAGUCUAGGGGAGUAGCAGAAAUGGUGUAGUCGUGUAAUGCAUUUUUACAGCGCGAGCAUGUGGUCUAGUUUGCAGUCUUGUAGUUUCAUCAAUAAUUUCCUUUCCCUGAUAUGGACCGCCGUCCAUCUAUCUAUAUGUGUAUCCCCUUGUUUGGAUCUGUGUUAGAGAGAGAGAGAGAGAGAGAGAGUUGUAAUGGCGAUGGUUUGUUGUUCUGCCUUGUGAAGGCAUGGUAACUUGUUGAUCUUCUCAAGUUGCCGGUGUAGGUGUUCCGGCUCAGUGGUGAGCUCAUGUGAGGCUCGGGCACAUCCUUAGACUGGUGUCAUGCAGGUAAGUGGGUCUGAUUUGCAGUUCGCUUGGAUGGUCUUUCCUGGUAAUAGGCUGUUCCCCUAUCUAUUGCGGUGUGUCUGCUUUCGUCUGACUGACGUGAGAGAAAAAAUGUGACCUGUGUUGUUGAGUUGGUUUUAUCACUUUUGCCCUCUGAUUUUGUGCUACAUGUUUCUGUGUUAGAAAGAGAGAGAGGGAGGGGAGGGAAUGGGAGAGAGGAGGAGCAAAAAGGAGGCAGGCGCAGAAGAGAGUGCAAGAGUCUGCGGGAUUCAGGGCAAAUGCGAGCAGGUUCGGUGGAGGUGAAGUGUUUGCUGUGUGGUGGCCAGGGAGAACUAUGGGAGGGGAGCAAUCAAAUUGAGGAGGUGGAUUGCAGAGAGCAGAGAAAACAAGGAAAGAGGAUGGAUGCAGAUGCUGCACACAGUUUUUGGUACGAGGGGUUGGUGAGGGGUUUCCACAACAGAGGAGGAAGAGCGGGUAAGGGUGGGCUCAUGUUGGAGGGAGACGGGUGGGGGAGAUGGGGCGGUAGGGAGACAGGUGAGGGAGAUGGGGCGGUAGAGAGACCGAAGGAGUUUCCUGUUCCUGCUUAGCUUUCGAUGUCACGCAUCGUCGUUUUCGUUCGUAGAGUUGUUUGAAGUAAAAUAAAGCACCUUGGUUUUUUCCAAGGGUCAAGAAUUAUCAAGAAACAAGGGAAGAAGGGUAUAAAGGAAAAUGCCUUUCCUUUAUGCAAACGUUAUCUUUUUUUUUUUGUAAUUUUGUGUCUGGCUGUUCUUUAUUUUACUCCUGGCCGUCUUUUCACAUUACGUGAACUCGGGGGACUUGAACCUUUAAUCUCCAGUGAGAUUGCUUUCAGCUUUGAAGUGAAAGAAAAUGUAUGCAUGGCCCUUUGUCGAUGACGACCAUUUCAUUCAUCGCUAUUUCCUUCCGCAGGAGUACGCUAUCAUUCUGCCAACGCUGGCCGGUGUCUUCCUGCUCUGCUUCAUCAUGGUCUUUCUAGGACUUGUGAUGGUCAAGUCGCGGUGCUUGAAGCAGAAACAGAAAGCGACUUGAUCGUCAAAGGAGAGCGCAUUGCCCAGGGGAAAUGUGUUCAUCUGUUUCUGCUUUCUUUCCCGUCUCUCUCUCUCUCUCUCUCUCUCUCUCUCUCUCUCUCUCUCUCUCUCUCUCUCUCUCUCGAUUGCUGGCCCUUGCAUCAUGUUCUCCUUGGAAUUCUUUGGCUGUUCGGUGUCCGAAUCCCGUACUUUCGACUCUCUGCAAUGUGGCUGCAUCGGAGUGGCAGAGAGGCAUGCCACCCUAUUCUUGAGAGGUGUGGCGGGUUAGUUCUUUUAAGCCGUGGCUUCGUCCCUUGCUGAGGAAAACUGUGGAAAAAAAAAAGCUUUACUUGGUCAAUGUAAGAGGGGUAAAAGUAAUAGGAGUACAGCUCGUGGGAAAAAAGAAAAAAGAAUACGGCUUGUGUACUCCAGUCGGUGAAUGCCAUUUGGCGAG